CCUCGUGCACGGAGCCGACACGAUAAACAGUAUUCCAGCCGUUAUACUGCAUUCCACAAACAACACGUUGAUUAACUGCGUCAGAGCGACGCCCGCAAGCAACUUCUGGGACCCGGGCGUUGUAUGCGCGUAACUUCGAGAAGAGAGGUUGCAAAGGCUGGGCCUGGUCGACAACACAUAAUAUCCAGUCUAUGGAAUGCCGUCUGCAAGCUUUCUGGGACUGAAUGCUGAGCCAUAUCCUGGCACCGCUAGCGAACUCCACGCAUCCGGAUGAUGGGCUUGCUGCUUGUCAUGAAUUCUCAUUGACAGCCAUGCCUGGCAGCCUCCGCCCGCGAGCAGCGUGGCGGGAGAGCAUCGCGUCGCUGGCGGGAAUGUUGCUGUUUCUCACAAUAGCCUGGGCAUCCAUCCACAAAAUGCCUGUGGCCUGGCCAUCACAGACGGCGCUGAGCUUUGGCAAGAGUGUCGGUGGCUGCCUUAUUGUGGCUUUGCUGGGACGACUGCUUGUGGCUUUGCUCAGACGACGUCUAGCGCUGGCGCUACAUCGGCCUUCUCCGAUUCUGGCUCCCAAACAGCACACGGUGUUGAAGUCAGCGGGAAGCGUGCACAGCAGCCUCGUCGAAGCGAGCAGCACCCGAAACCGGGAGCCUUGUACCAGCUCGCCAGCACAGGAGGGGCCCAAACAGCGCGCCCCAAUCGUUGUCUCGUCACAGAAAGCGAGCGUCGUCGACGCAGGGCCAGCAGUCACCGCUGCUCCCACCGCCGCUGCGGCGCCUCUGGCGGUGGCUCCGGCUCCGCUCGGGCCCACCGCGCUCGCCCUCUCACAGAGCCGUGCCGGCCCCGUCCUUCUGGCCCGCGUGUGCAUGGUCAAGCCGGGCGCAGUGCUCCAAUCCCUCGGCAGCAACACCAGCAGCAACACCACCAACGGCAGCAGCAGCCUGAGCACAACCGCAGACACAGAGCUGAUGUCAGACAGCGGCGGCGGUGCCAUCGGCGGCGUGGCGCCCGUGAUCGCACACAUCAUGGAAACCCCGCGCGACCUGGCCGGCGGCACCGGCUGCUCGCCGCACCGGUCGGGUCGCUCGCCGCAGGUGCAGGUGCGGAGGUACGUGGGCCGCACGCGGCUGCAGCGCACCGCCAUCAAGGUGCACGGCGUGGAGCCCAGCCAGGUGCCGGACGGCUGGCAGGCGCGUGUGGAAUCGGCGCUGCAGCAGCAGGGCCUGAAGCUGGAGGCCGCGUACCUCCGGUCUGGAUGCUGCGAGCUGGUGGUCGACACAGUCGUGUGGGAGGCCGACGGCGACGGCGACGACGGCACCAACGGAGACGACAGCGCCGCCUCCGUCGGCCUCGCCGGCCUCCUCCUCAGCGACGCGGCCGCCGCAGCCGUGGCCACUGCCUCAGAACCGGCUGCUGACGCUGGCACCGGCGCUGCCGGCAGCGGCGACGCUGCCGACGGCACGUUUCCCAUGCUGUUCCGCCGCAGCCGCAGCCGCAGCAGCUUGAAUAGCCGUUCUAACCGGGACUCGGACGCGCCGCGGAACAGCCGCGACGGCAGCAGCGCCAAUGUCGACAUCGGCGCCCUCAUCCGCGCACUGCAGUUGCCGUACGAGGGCGAUGUGGAGUACGGCGUUACGUACGGCAUUGACGACGGCAGCGUCGGCGGCGGCGACGGCGGCGAGUCCUUCGACGCGCCUGCGUCGCCCGCAGAUGCCAUGGCCGCCGCGGGAGGGGCCGGCGCCGGCGCCGACACGUCUGCCGCGGCCGUGGCGCUGGCUGUUGUCGGCGGCAAGGACGCGGGCGCACCCGGCGACGGCGCCGCCACCGCUCACGCUGCCUCAGGCGUGGCCCGGUCCGGAGGCGGUGCCGGCGGCAGUGGAGCCACCUGUCUGGACUGGUGCACGAUUACGUCAGUGCGGCCGCGUGUGCUGUGCCGGCAGGGCCCGCUCCUGAUAGCGCCCAGCGCUUCGCACGCAGCCUCGCAGCCGGACUGCCAGGAGGCAUCACCGCCCUCUCCGACGCCAGGCGCAUGCCUGUCAGUGGAACUGUGCCUACGGUCACAAGGUGACCUGUCAGACCAGUUCGCUGCGAACGCAGCCGCCGCCACGCCGCCACCGCAGCAGCAGCAGCAGGAGCAGGAGUCUCGGGGCCUGUCGUCGGAGUUGCCCGAGCUGCUGGUGCGCUCGCAGGGCUGCUGCCUGCCGCUGACCGUGUCCCUCCGGGCCCCUGGCAGCAGCGGCGGCAGCAGCAGCAGCCGGGCCGUGAUGGCGGGCGAGGACGACGGCACAGACGUGGCGCAGCCCCCGCUGUUGCUGUCGCCGCCACCGCAGCGUCGGUGUGCGCUGACGGCGGAGGUGGGGCUGCAGGCGCUGCCCGAGCUGCCGGGGCUGCUUUUGCUGGAGGCGCGCAUGCCGCACCAGGCUCGCGCCUCGGUGGUUCCGGUGCUGUUGGUGGACGACCCCCGGGUGGCCGCGGAGGUGGGAGACCUGGCCGACAGCUGGCAGGGCGCGGCUGCGGAGCUGCGUGACGUGCUGCUGGACCUGGGCUGCUUCACACACCACGUGCACCGCGCCGCCGGCUGCCUGCUGACGGCGGCGCUGGAUGAGAGCGCGCUGCCCGAGCCAGGCAGCCCCGAGGCAGAGGCAGCAGCCGCAGACGCUGCCGCCGCGGCCUUUGACGGCGUGGGUGGAGGACGAGGAGGAGGCAUGUCGCCUCGCGCGGCGGCGGCGGCGCUGGCCGGCGGCGUGGGCGUGGUGCUUGGCGGCGUGGGCGCGGGCCGCGUGACGCCGCCCAAGGCCCUGAGCCCGCAGCUGCGCACUCGGCUGGUGGACCUCGGCGCCCACCUGCUAAGCUGGUUUGACGAUGCCGGCUGCUGGCCGCACACCGCCGUGUGGCUGGAGGUGGCGCUGGCCCUGGUGGAGUCGCUCCCCACCGAGGACCUGGCCCAGCAACAGCAACAGCAGUCGCUGGUAGUGCAGCAGGCGCAGCAGCAUUUUGCCCCUGCGGCACGCCUGCCCGUUCCUCCUUUGCCCGCAGCACCGGUGCCGGCAGCAGUCUCGGCACCCGUGCCCCUCGCCACCCUCACAGCUGCUGCAGGCGCUGCAGGCCGCGCCACUGCGGUGGAGGUGGAGGCAGCGGUGGAGGCCGAGCCCGCCGAGCUUGAGGCGGCGGAUGCGGCAGCGCUGGCGGCGGCAGCCGCGGCGGCGGAUGCGGAAGACUACGACACGUGGCGUACGGCCUUCAGCACGCGGCUCAUACGGCAGAUGCACCUGCUGGUACUGUGCCUCUACAUCGCCAUCACAGCGCGCUCCUGGUCCCGCCGCGGCGAUCUGCAGCCCGCAUCCGCUACCGCCGCUACUGCCGGUGCUAUUGCCGCCACUGCCGGUGCUACUGCUGCCGGCGCUGCUGCGGGCGCCGCCGCUGGUGAGGACACGGUGUGGAGCUGGCUGCAGCUGUUGCGCGACCUGGCGCCCUCGCUGGUGGCUGUGGCGCCGGUGCUGGCGCCGGCGGCGGCGUGGCCGGUGCUGCGGCGCCGCCCCGACGGCGGCGGCGCGCCGUGGCGGGCGCUGGUGCGGCGCUGCAUGGCGGCGCGGCACGUGGCGCACCUGGCGGCGGGCGUGGCUGUGGGCUGGCUGGCGGCGGCGCCGCGGCUGCCUGCCGUGAACGACUACCACCUGGGUCCGGCGGUGUUCCUGGGCGAUGGCGUCAUGUACCUGGGCACGGCGCUGGUGCCGCUGCCGGCCGCGGCGGUGCUGGCGGUGCUGCGUGUGCCGGUGUACGUGCGUAUGUGGGCGGCUAUGGGAGCCACCUUUGCGCCCGCCUACGCCUGGGUACGCGCGGCGCUGGUGUCCGGCCUCGCGCUCGCCACCAAUGCCGCACUGCACGUGUUCAUGGAGGAGAUGUACCGCCGCCGCCGGCUGCGCCGUCAGCAGGACAAGCGGUGAACAUGGCGCCGGCGCGGCUGGAGAAGCCGGGACUGGGAGUGACAACGGGCGCAGCGGGCGGCGGUGAAGCAGCAGCAAAGGGGGCAAGCGCGGCGCCAAGGCCGCCACUAAGCCGCUGGCGGAGGUGGCGAAGCGGGGGUGGCGGGCGAGGCCAGUGAACUUCCAGCGGCCGAAGUGGCGGCGGUAGCGUCAUCGACAGGGGCAGCGGCAUGGGCUGUGGCGCCGCGGGUGUUGGUGCCGUGAGGCGCGAAGGGAUGUGAUGCCCCUCGCAGCCGUGGUGCUACGUUACUAUACACACGCGUGAUUUGGUGGGAGAUUCAAGGUGCAUGCAGGCAGAGCGUCGCCUUUCAGUCCCUAAACUCUGUGAUGUGGACAGAAUCGCUUGGCAUUAUUAUGGCAGUGCAUUCUGCAGGUUACCCCCUGAACCUCAGCUGUCAAGCUAUUAGUCUGAGUUUGUAAGAGCCAGGCGGGGUAUUCAUGGUAGAAGUAAGACGUGCAGCUGCUGGACUUUCUCUAGAUACGGUAUGCUUCGUGCGGUGGCGCAAUUAAGUACGGCAUGGUCGCGGCAGCUUCUGGGUGUGACCAGCAGGUGCAGGGCCUCUUCCGUAUCUAGUGCUUCGCUAUUAGUGCAUGCCCCGUUUAAUGCUGUUGCAACGCAGCCGCACGUGUGACGCGCGUCUUGCCUUGCGAUUGCCCCAGCGGCGGCCACGUGCGGAUACGUUAUAUUUCGGUAGGCUUCCUGGUCGCGAUGCUUGUGUGGCGACUGCUCCGCUGCUGGAACCGCGCUGGGUGCGCAUGUGCGUGUGCGUGUACAUGUGGACAAUUGAAGACAACAAGGGAAGUUGUGUGCAUGUGUUUGUGUGUGCGUGUCAUUGGUGGGUGUGAUAGCCAGAUCGUCAAGUGCUGCAUUCAUAGGUUUUGUCAGGACCGCCCGCGCAAGAAUGUUGCGGUCCAUUGGCUUUUAUCGCGGAGCCGGGAGAGAAUUGGCGGCAUCGUGAAUGGGAGAAGUGAUUGCUUUUUGGCUGUGAGAACCGCAAGUAGAACUUCCACAGACAGCGGCACGCUGUCGUCAAACUUGUUUCUUCUUCAUGUUGCCACGCUUGGAGAGGCAUUUGUCGUCGCAUGAAAUUGGCAAACUCUAGCGUCCAGAGCAAGCCCGGGCGCGCACUCAGUAGCGAAGCGUGUGCAUGGCUUCAACAGUGGCAUCACAAGGAAGGCAGUUGGGGAGGGCACGCAGCGUGAACAUGCCGCAGCAGUGAAGGCCCUUGAACCACCUUUCUUGUCAUUUGAUUUUUAGUGCGUUUGAAAGGCGAGGGUACGUAGGGGGUGGUGAGUAGGCACAGGCGUGUACGGGCGCUGGGCGGAGGUGCAACGCCGCGGCUCGGUGUGAAGGUCGGUUUUUGCCGGAGCGACAUCGGCACCAGCCUCUUCUCGCGCGUGGAUUAGCAGUACCACGCUGUGGGUGAGGCAGUGGAGGGCGAAUGUGCGCUAGCCCGCGGGGCGGGCUGGACCUGCGGGGAGGUGCGCACCGCACCGCCCCGCUCUGCUCGGUGGCUCGCGCUUUCUGGGUUUUUUAUGUUGCGAUGCGCAGUGCACGUGCUGGGUGUGCAUGUGCAUGCCCGGUGCUGCGCUGCGCACACCGACAUCAACUCACGGUGCAUGGGUGGGGGAGUCGACUCAAAUCACAAGCAAACCAAGAUCUCGAACCCGCCCAGCGGGGGUUGCUGGAGUGUGAGCAGGGCGGUGCGGGGGUGAGUUCACACUAGCGGCUGUGGGAUCGGACAGGUGGGUGACGUGGCAGCUGUUUCGAUUGCUGUGGAGCUUGCUAUAAGCCGGUUGAUGUCUGUCUGGGGUGUUGGUGUGUGCAACCAACUGUACAGGUCUGGCACACGCGGAUGUGGCCGAACUGCGCGUCUGUGCACUUCGGUUGGUGGCCAGGAGUGAACAUGCCUGUCUGCCAUUUGAGGUUGCCGGCGUUCUAAGUUUCAUCGGGACGUCGCCAUCACUGUUCCAGUACGGUAUGUGUGUACGUAUCGUGUUUGUGUGCCUUAAGCUUGGGUGAUCUAUUGUUUGUGCAUGGCGAAUCCAAGGUUGCUGACAGGUCGAGGCAUGGCACAUAGAUCUGGCUUUGGGCCCUGUCGGCGUAAAAAGGUGUUCAUGUGGGUUGGUGGUGUAGGGGUAUGUGUGGAUGGCGGACGACGCUGUGUGUUAGAAAGCGCAAAGGCCGAGGACGUGCAAAAGUGCGUCGUUCGGAGCCACGCGGGCCGAUGGUGGCGCAGGGCAAGACGCCCUUGUGGAGCCGUGCGCCUGUCUGUCAGUGUCUUGCAGCUGUCGAAGGCUGUAAGCAAGAGUUGCU